AUGAGCCCUUAUGCUCCUUUCGACUCAACUGCCGGUUUCAAUUCGAUACCAUUCUCCUUUCAAGACAGUACUUCUCUCCAUUCCGAAGCUCUGCCAGACAACGCAGAUCUUGCAAUGUUGGCUCUUCAGUUCAGACGCCCUUUAAACCCAUCCUCUCCACCUUCAGACCUUCCCCCUCCGACCUUAUCCAAUGCUUCUGCAGCUUCGAUCCCCAGCAAUACCUCUUCUGCUGUUGGCUCUCCUUACUCCACUCAUGCUCAAGCAGUAUCUGGCCAGGACUCGUGGAGGGUUGACAAUCAAGUUUUCGAGGUUGGACCAACUAUUAUCAAUAACGAUGGCUAUGAUGCAGUCUUUGGGGGAGUUGAUCUCGACUCAGAACUAACUCUCCGUGCCCAGGGCAAGGUCGGUGAGGAUUUUGUUGAUCCGUCAUUAAUUCAACCUACAAGUAACCUGUACCCCGAUGGACCUCUGGCAUACCCAGCUCACGCCAUGUAUCGUGCACCUCCCCCAUUUGAGAUGCACUCGACAGCAGUGUCGCCGAAUCUUUCGCACUGCGAGCCAGCGCCACCAAACUAUGCCAUUAAUCACCUCAGUCCCGAUAUGUCCUCGCAAAUGUUCUACAACAAUUAUCAGCACGCACCGUAUCUGCAUCGACGUGCUUCGGUGUCGUCCUUAAAUUCGCGACAAUCGCACCCAAGCCCUAUGUCUGGAAGUGCUAGUAUCGAUGCCGAGGGCCAGGACAAGGGGAGAUGUCCUCAUCCAGGCUGUGGAAGAAUUUUCAAGGAUCUGAAAGCACACAUGCUUACUCAUCAGUCGGAACGCCCUGAAAAGUGCCCGAUCCUGAAUUGCGAGUAUAACCAGAAAGGGUUUGCGCGCAAGUACGACAAGAACAGGCAUACCUUGACCCACUACAAGGGGACCAUGGUGUGCGGGUUUUGUCCAGGCUCUGGCUCUUCGGUGGAGAAGAGCUUCAACAGAGCGGAUGUUUUCAAAAGACACCUGACUUCGGUGCACGGAGUGGAGCAGACACCUCCCAACAGCCGCAAGAGAAGUCCUAACGGCUCAAACAAGAAGGCCUCAAGCUACUGCCAGGAUGCAACAGGAAAGUGCUCGACCUGCUCGGCCACCUUCAGCAGCGCCCAAGAUUUCUAUGAGCAUCUUGACGACUGUGUUCUCCGUGUGGUGCAGCAAGAAGAACCAAGUGAGGCAAUCAAUCAGCAACACCUUGGGGAUAUGGCGGCUGAUGAUGCUGUGAAGGAAACAAUGGAACGACACAUGCUCACAGGCACAGAUGAAACUACAGUUCCGCCAGCAGACGACGAGGAAGACGAAGUGGAGGAUGACGACGAUGACGACGACGAUGAUGACCCAAGUUACAACGGCCGUACCGGCAAGAGCAUGGUCAAAUCCAGCAAGGCCACUUCCGUGUCCCGCGCGGUUGCCAAUGGUGGCAUUUCCAAAUCUGCUCGCUCGACGCGCAAGGGUUUGACCCUGUCGAAAGGUGGCGUGCCUUUGGUGGGCAAAAGUCGGCGGAAGAGAAAGCACUAUCCUGUUUCGUGGGGCGUGUCAGCAGAUAAGAUGAAAAUGCGGAAGCGCGUGCUUUGCGUCUACGAUGGAGAGCGAAGGCUGUGGAAAGACGACAUGAUGCUCAACAAUGAGUUCGAGGUACGCAUGAACCUUGCUGACGGCAAGUCCUAUGUCACCGAUCUGGACGUCGAAACCUUGAAGCGAGCCGAUGCCCUUCAUGGUGCCACUCCGGAAGAGAAGGGGCCAUGGAAUCAAGAGGAGGCGCAAGGAUUCAGCCUCGAGGAGCUGAUGUCUUGA